CCUCUCCACACUUCCUGGAACCCCCUUCUCUUCGCCCUCUCCCCUGUGCAGCGCCCUCCGCAACGUCCCAGACCGCCGGUCUCCCCUCCCCUCCCUCUUCUCUCCCUCUCCCUCGCCUUCUCACGGCGUAAUCCUCCCGCCAUGGCCUUCAAGCAGGAUCGCCCUUCCGCCGCCCCUCGUGGCCAGUGGGUCCCCUACGAUGAGCUGAACAACGACAAGUUCUCCGUCCCCAUCUCCAACCGCUUCAACGCGCUGAGCGUCUCCGGCUCCGGGGCCUCUGGCCUCUCCCAGGGUCUGGAUUCGGUCUUCAGCGUGGACAGCCUGCGCCAGCUCCGCGACAAGGGCGUCACCGACGCCCAGGGCUUCAUCGACAUCCACACGCUGCUGGACUUCGGUCCGAUCGCCUCCCACAACGCCACUGCCGAGGCCAUCAAGGACGCCGUCAAGGCGAACCCCUCCUUCCAGGUGGUCGAUGGCAAGCUCCGCCACUCGCUCAACUGGACCCUGGUCACCCCGAGCGGGAACCCCCAGCAGUACUUCCCCUCCGACGACGAUGACGAUGGCGAGUGGCACUCGGUCAACUCGCGCCGGCGCUCGUACUCUGCCCGCGCUCACCGCCGCCCCUCGGUCGAUGCCGGCCGUGCCCCCGUCAUCAACUCCAUCGAUGAGGAGGUCUUCGACUUCGACGACCUGGACGUCCGUGAUCGCUCCAACAGCCGUCGCUUCUAUCAGACCGACGACGAGGAGAGCGAUGGCGACCCUCCCUCCGACAUUGACGACGAGUUCGUGUCGAAGCUCGUGCUGGUGACCCAGCGCAGCGGCGCCUCUGCCCGCCGCAACGAGGGCUUCGACCGCACCGGUGUCCCCUACUCGCGCAAGGCCUUCAACGACGACCUCGCCGACCAGAUCAACGAGGGUCUUUACGACUAUGAGCGCUCUCAGAAGCGCCGCUCUCGCCGCAAUCGCUCCUCCAUCGCCGCCGGCCCCGGCGGUCUCAACAAGAUUGAGACUGUCGAUGAGGACGAGUUCCUGACCCUGAAGGGCGUCGCCCGCACCGGGACCUCCCUUCCCCGGACCGAGUCUCGCCCGGUUCCUCAGGUGGCCAUCCCCACGCCGACCCCCCAGUCGACCCCGGCCACCGGGUUCACCAUGCCCGGGUCCUUCAGCGGGGCGCAUGUCAAUGCCGCUGGCGGGAUGCCGAUCGCCACUGGCGGGGUGGCCGCCUCGCCGCGUACUAGCAGCCUGCUGACGGCCGGCCUGCGCACCGGGACCUCCCCGGCUCCGGGUGGUGAUCUGGCCGGGCGCGAGCGCUCCACCUCCUUCAACCGCGGCACCGAGAUCGGCCAGGCGCGUGCUCGCGCUGCCGCGGCCGCGGCCGCCCCGCCGUCCACCCUGGGCGGCCGGUCGGUCCGGUUCUUCCCCGUCCGCAAGAACAAGGACACCCCGCCCUCGCACCCGAUCAAGCAGAAGACCGCCCACUCGUCGCAGCCCCCGCGCGAGGAGCACGUCGGCUGGAUGGUCGGCCGGGAGUCCUGCCCGCCGGAGGAGGCUGUCGAUGUCGGCAGCGCUCCCUCGCCCACUCCCUCUCCCUCGCGGUCUUCCUACGGCACCUCCUUCGGGUCGCUGUCGUCCUCCUUCGAGUCGCGUUCCUUCUCCGAGCACCUGAGCCCCUCCAUCGGCGCGGUGACCGAGAACAACUUCGUCCAGCAGAAGUACUACAAGUACCGGUCGAAGGCCCUGCGCGAGCGCAAGCGCCUGGGCUCCGGCCUGUCGCAGGAGAUGAACACCCUGAUGCGCUUCUGGUCGCUCUUCCUGCGGGACCACUUCAACCGCCGCAUGUACAACGAGUUCAAGCGCCUGGCCCUGGAGGAUGCCGAGGCCGACUACCGCUAUGGCCUGGAGUGCCUCUUCCGCUUCUUCAGCUACGGCCUGGAGAAGCGCUUCCGCGCCGACAUCUUCCGUGACUUCAUGGACCUGACGCUGAUUGACUUCAACAAUGGCCAUCUCUAUGGCCUGGAGAAGUUCUGGGCCUACCUGCACUACCGCCCGGACAAGGCCACCAACCCGAUCACCCUGUCCCCGGAGCUGGAGAAGGUCCUGGCCGACUUCAAGACCCUCGAUGACUUCCGCCUGGCCAAUGCCUCGAACGGUGUGGGCCCCGGCGGCCGUCGGUCCAGCUUCCGUGGCGGCCAGCAGCAGCAGGUCCAGAGCGCCGCCUCGCGCAAGCCCCAGCAUUACAUGCAGCACUUUGCCAAUGCCGAUGCCACGGGUGGCGCCCGCUUCUCGUCCUCCUUCACCGACUCCUCGUCGGCCCUCUCCUCGUCGCUGACGCGCGCCUAAACGCGUGUGUUCGCGUGCGGCCCUCCGCCGCCCCGGUGGCGCUCGGCACUGGUGAGGAGGGGCCUCGGCGCGUGCACGCGCCGGGCGCCAGCGGCCGACACAUGUCUCGGGGAUUGCUCACAUGCUGGCUCUGUGCCCGGGCGGCGUGUGCUCUUCCCUCCCCUCGGUGUUGGCCGCUGUGGCCGCCCAGUCCCGCUUCUCGUCCCCAUCUCUUUUUACUUUGCCCUCAGGCGGUGUCUCUAGCCCGAGGAGGGCGAAGGUGUGUCGGAGUGUGUCAGACGUCGUCCGCUCUUACUGGGCGAAAGACAGCAAUGGCGUAGAGAGGGUGCACCGGUGGGUGUGCGUCCGCCUCGCGUGAUGCCUGCGCACGGUCCCCUGCCACAUGUGCAUGUUCGUUUAUAUUUGUUUCCCUUUACACAUAUCUGCAUACAUGCAUGUGUGUGUGUGUGUAUGUGUGGGUAUGCCCUGCCGCCAUGCGCACAAGUGUGCCCCCCCCCCCCCCCCCCCCCC